UCCCCACCGUUCCCCUUGACUGAAUCUCUUACCCAACCGGUGCUAACAGCAGAACCAUCCCUAUCUUCAAGAGUUUUGCAACCCCGUGACAAAUUCCUUAUAUUUGCAUCUGAUGGACUUUGGGAACACCUGACAAAUCAGCAAGCAGUCGAGAUUGUUCAUAGGAAUCCACGAAAUGGAAUUGCAAGAAAACUUGUUAAGGCUGCUCUAAAGGUGGCAGCUCAUAAAAGGAAUGUGGAAUAUAAGGAGCUUCUGAAGAUUGAGAAAGGGAUCAGACGGCCUUAUCAUGAUGAUAUCACUGUGAUUGUUGUCUUCAUAGAUCAUGAUUUGCUUGAGCAUAUAGUUAAUGAACCAGAGUUUCAUUGGCUACACUGA